UACUGGAGAACAGACCAAAAGGUGGCUUUCCGUUCCUGGGCUGUCUCCUGGAAUGCCAGAACCUACCAAGACCAUUUCAAGCCUGCCUCAGCCUGCCACUUGUAGCACCAGUACUUCCACCACCAUUACCAACAGCAGCACUGGAGGCAACAGCAGCAAUGGCAAGCGAACAUCCACUAAUGUACCGCAGUCCACUGCAGCCACCCGCUACCUGCCCCGCGAGGUGCCUCCACGCUUCCGCCAACAGGAGCAGAAGCAGCUGUUAAAGAGGGGCCAGCCACUACCUACUGGGACUGCGACCACUACGAGUUCAGCACAAGAUCUUGGUCACAGUGGAUUGGGACCUCAUUAUGAAAAUUCUCACUGGGGACAGCAGGCCCCUUAUAGAACCGAAGCCAGCAGCAUCUGGGAUAAAGUGAUAAUUGACGGGACUGACAAGGAGGCGUGGCCUUCUAUUAUCAGAACAGAGACUGAGUCUGCCUCAGAAUGUACUACAGACACUGACUCUGCCUCCAUCUGUGGCUCAGAGAAUAGUAGCAUGGCUACAGGGAGUACCCAAGGCAACUUCACUGGACAUACGAGCAAAACCAAUGGCAAUAAUGGCACCAGUGGAGCACUCGUCCAAAGUAAUUCUAACCAGAGUGCCCUCAGAGGAGGCGGGUCUAAUGGGAAUGGAAACUCUGCUGGUGUUUGGGGUGUGGCUGCAAGCUCCACCCCUGGUUUAAUUCAUUGUUCUGCCGCUAGUGGAGAUGUAAAGGUGGACAGUUUGAUUUCAAGUGGGCGAGCUCAGAACUGCUGGAGUGCUUCCAACUCAAAUGCCGGCAUUAAUCUUAACCUUAACCCGAAUGCCAAUCCAUCUGCCUGGCCUGUACUGGGACAUGAAGGAACUGUGGGAGGGAAUAACCCUUCCAAUAUAUGCAGUCCAGUCAGCACUGUCAGUCAGAAUCUUGGCAUUCAGAAUGGCAACCCUGCUAAUGGCCCAGGAGGUACCUUGGGUGCUUGGGGAAACUUGCUGCCACAAGAGAGCACAGAACCACAAACUUCUACUUCUCAGAAUGUGUCUUUUAGCGUACAACCUCAGAACCUUAACACUGAUGGACCAAAUAACACUAACCCCAUGAACUCUUCACCAAACCCUAUCAAUGCAAUGCAGGUGAAUGGAUUACCGAACUGGGCCAUCCUCCCAUCUCACUUGCCGGGACUUCCUGGUGCUAACGGGUCAUCUGUUUCUCAAGUUAAUGGGGGGAGUGGUGAAGCAGUGGGUAAUUCUGUAUGGGGGUCAUCUCCCACAAAUCCAGCCAUGGGAAAUAGCAAUUCAGUGUUCAGUCAGGGGAAUGGAGACACUGUGAACUUGGCAUUAAGUGCUAAACAAAAUGGGUCCUGUAGUGCUGUACAGAAAGAAGGAAAUAGCACUAGUGCUUGGGAUUCUGGUCCACCUGCUAGUACUGGGAUACUGGCAUGGGGAAGGGGUGGUGGUAUUGGAGGUAUGCAGUCUGGGGCUUGGGGUAACUCCAGUCGCAACACUAGCAAUGGUGUGAAUGGUGAAUGGGGAAAAGGCCCAAACCAGCAUUCCAGCAAUGACAUCAGUGGAAAAGGAUCAACAGCAUGGGAUGGCCUUUGUGUUACCAGCCAGAACCCUGUUGUGCAGCAGGGUAGUGAACAUAUUAACUCUUGGGCCAAAGCUGCCGCAUCAGGCACCACCACUAGUGAAGGGAGUGUUGACAGUAAUGGAAGUCACCAUGAAGGAAACAGUGGACGAGGAGGGCCUGGUGACAGCCAAAGGAGAGAAAAAGGGAUGACUGACCAAGGACAGCUCCAGUUGCCAAGGCCUGACCUUGAUCCAAGGGUUUUGUCCAACAGUGGAUGGGGACAGACCCCUGUGAAGCAGAAUACUGCCUGGGAAAUUGAAGACUCUCCACGGCCUGAGCGAAAGAAUGACAAUGGAACAGAGGCCUGGGGGUCUGCUACUUCUCAGCCUUCAAACUCAGGGGGUAGGAGUGAUGGGUCCAGCAUGAAUAGUGCAAAUACCUCUACAGUAUCAGGGUGGGGGAAUCCCCCACCUGCAGCUCUUUCAACAAACACAGGUUGGGGGGAGAAUAGUAACAAAAUUUCAAAUGGCCAUGGGGGAUGGGGGGAACCAGCUACUUCUACUGUUGUCAAUGCUGCUGCCAAGAGUGGCCACGCUUGGGGCGGGGCUGCAAAUCAGGAGGAAAAGUCUCCAAGUUGGGGUGAUCCUCAGAAACCCAAACCUCAGAACUGGGGUGAUGGAUCAAAAGUAACCCAAGGCUGGACUUCAAGUGGUGGAGACUGGACUGAGCAAGUUGCUAUGCCUGGCCACAUAGGUGAAGGAAAGAAGAAUGGCUCUAGUUGGGAUAGUGACAGCAGACCUGGAUCUGGUUGGAAUGAUACUGGGAGGACUGGGACUGGUGGAUGGGGAAGUGGCACUAGUGCUAAGCCUGGUCCAGGUCCAGGCUGGGGUGAAACUCUUAAAUCUAAUUCCUCACAAAACUGGGGUAACAAGACCUCGGACAGUAAUGUUGGUACGUGGGGAGGAGCUGCUUCUGUUAAACAGACUGGAACUGGAUGGGCUGGGCAUGUGCCUCCCAAGCAAAAAGACAAUGGUGAACCUACAGGUUGGGAAGAGCCAUCUCCACCGUCCAUCCGCCGCAAAAUAGAAAUUGAUGACGGUACCUCAGCUUGGGGAGACCCAAGCAACUACAACAGUAAAACUGUUAACAUGUGGGAUAGAAAUAACCCUGUGAUUCAAAGCAGUACCACAACCACAGCCUGCACCACAAACAGCAGCCCAGCUGAACAGCAACCAGCUCAUCAGUCGAGUGCCCCACAGAACAGAUCUCCUCUGCUUGUUACAGCGGGCUGGGGAGACUUGCCUAGUGUUAACUCAAAGACUGAAACCUCAUGGGGAGAACCUACAUCUCCUGCUACCACUGUUGACAAUGGCACUUCAGCAUGGGGCAAGCCCCCCAGUGGUGGUUCAGGGUGGGGCGAUGGUUCUACAGAGUUGACAGGGCCAUAUGGAAGAGGUAAUGCUUCCACUGCUGCUCCAGCACCGUGCAAACCAGCCUCAAAAACUAUGCAAGAAGCUUGGGGCACCAGUGGAGAAGACAUUACCCUCAGUACUAGCCACUGGGAAGAAGAAGAGGGAGAUAUGUGGAAUAAUGCUGCUUCUCAAGAGAGUAACUCUUCCUGCGGUUCCUGGGGGAAUGCCCAGAAGAAAGGACUUCAGAAGGGCAUGAAGGCAACCAGUAAGCAAGAUGAGGCCUGGAUCAUGAGUCGCCUAAUAAAACAGCUCACUGAUAUGGGCUUCCCGAGAGACCCAGCUGAAGAGGCCUUAAAGAGUAACAAUAUGAAUCUUGACCAGGCCAUGAGUGCUCUGCUGGAAAAGAAGGUGGAUUUGGACAAGCGAGGAAUGGGAAUAUCCGACUACAAUGGAUUGGUUUCCAAACCGCUUGGCUGCCGCCCACCACCAAUCUCCAAAGAGUCUUCCGUAGACCGCCCCACCUUCCUUGAUAAGGAUGGCGGCCUAGUGGAAGAGCCCCCUACUUCACCAUUUUUGCCUUCACCAAACCUGAAGCUCCCCCUCUCAAACCGUGCACUCCCUAAUCCGACCCUAGGCGGGAUCGCCUCAGGGCUGGGCAUGCAAAACUUGAAUUCUUCUAGACAGAUACCGAGUGGCAAUCUGGGUAUGUUUGGCAAUAGUGGAGCAGCACAAGCCAGGACCAUGCAGCAACAGCAGCAGCAGCAACAGCAGCUGCCAGUGCAACCUCUGAACUCAUCCCAGCCUAGUCUUCGUGCUCAAGUGCCUCAGUUUCUAUCCCCUCAGGUUCAAGCACAGCUUUUGCAGUUUGCAGCAAAAAACAUUGGUCUCAACCCUGCACUACUAACCUCACCAAUUAAUCCUCAGCAUAUGACGAUGUUGAACCAGCUCUAUCAACUGCAGCUGGCGUACCAGCGUUUACAACUCCAGCAGCAGAUGUUACAGGCUCAGCGCAAUGUUUCUGGACCCAUGAGACAACAAGAGCAGCAAGUUGCACGUACAAUCAAUAACAUGCAGCAGCAGAUCCAGCAGCACCAACGCCAGUUGGCUCAGGCUCUGCUCACGAAACCUCCCCCACCACUGCACCCACCUCUUCAUCCCUCUGCAGGCAAAUCUGCCAUGGACAGCUUUUCACCCCACCCCCAGGUUCCUGGCCUGCCUGACCUGCAGACCAAAGAGCAGCAGUCUUCUCCUAACUCUUUUGCUCCUUACCCGAUUGCUGGACUGAAUACGAACAUGAAUGUAAACAAUCUGGACAUUAGUGGUGGUUUGUCAGUGAAGGACACUCCUCAGUCCCAAUCUCGCCUCCCACAGUGGACGCACCCCAAUUCAAUGGAAAAUCUCUCCAGCGCUGCUUCUCCACAUGAGCAGAACCCUAGCAAGCACGGUGCUAUCCCUGGAUCUCUCAGUAUUGGUACACAAGGCAAGGCCUCCAUUGAAGAUUCUUUUGGUCGGUACGACUUGAUCUCUAACAGUGAUUCACCAGCCAGUCCUCCUGUACCAGCCAGUGAUAGCUGGUCACGUGCCAAAUCAGACGCUGAUAAAAUCUCUAAUGGCUCCAGUGUCAGCUGGCCACCAGAGUUUCACCCUGGUGUGCCAUGGAAAGGUCUACAGAACAUUGAUCCUGAAACUGAUCCUGAUGUCACCCCUGGAAGUGUCCCAAGUGGUCCCACUAUCAAUACCACCAUUCAGGACGUUAACCGUUACCUGCUCAGGGACAGGACUGGAGGAAAACUGUCAGAUAUGAAGUCAACUUGGUCAUCGCCCAUUGCUCAUUCACAGCCUUCUUUGUCUCAUGAGUUGUGGAAAGUUCCCAGAAACACUACUGCACCCACAAGGCCACCUCCAGGCCUGACAAACACCAAGCCAAAUUCAACCUGGGGUGUUACUCCAAUUGGAUGGACUGGCUCUUACACUACUGGUUCUACAUGGAGCACUGACAGCUCAGGAAGGACCAGCAGUUGGUUAGUUCUCCGAAACCUUACACCUCAGAUUGAUGGCUCUACUUUGAGGACACUAUGCCUGCAGCAUGGACCUCUGGCAACAUUCCAUCUGAACCUAACCCAAGGAAAUGCUGUGGUACGAUACAGCUCUAAGGAUGAAGCAGCUAAGGCCCAGAAAUCUCUGCACAUGUGCGUUUUGGGAAACACUACUAUCCUUGCGGAGUUUGCCAGUGAAGAAGAAGUGAACCGAUUCUUAGCGCAAGGCCAGCCACUGCCGCCCACCUCCAGUUGGCAGUCUAACACAGCACCCAAUCAGAGUCGCCUUGGAUCAGCCAACAGCUCCCAUGCAUUGGUGCGCAAUGAUGCAACCCACUGGAAUGCACCUUGUCUGGGUGGGAAAAGCAGCAGCGACCUACUUUGGGGUGGUGUGCCACAGUACUCCAGCAGCCUUUGGGGACCUCCUAAUAGUGAUGAUGCCAGGGUUAUUGGGAGUCCAACACCCUUAAAUACGCUUCUCCCAGGCGAUCUUCUCAGCGGGGAGUCUCUGUAAGAACAGUAACAGAAAAAUGUUCGUGAAGAUAAUCAUCAGCACUAUAUAACCUUUAAACCCUUUUCAGCACUGGACUUGGAAAAAUCCAGCUUUAACAGUUCAGACUGGCAGCCAUUUCUAGUACCUCUAUCCAGUAACUAAGUACUUCGUCUUGUAAGGUCCUUGUGAACUGUUCAUGAAACAGUAUGGGCUGAAUCAAGUCAAUUCAACAAGCUGAGUUUUAUUCCCUCCUCCCACAUGGUGUGUAGAAGUACCAAGCUGCUUGUAGUCAAAAUAUCAUAGAGUGCAUUUCUGUAGUGUGCUGGAAAGGGUUUUUUUUCCCUGUCUCUGAAUUUAAAGUUUGGGUGAUUUGGGGUGAGAAUACAGAAACCUACUACAAGUGAGCCUGGGUUGCAUACGUAUGUAUGUUGUGUACAUGUUUAUGUAAAUGUAUGUGUGUGUAAGUUAUAUACACACUUACAUAUCUGUAUGUCUGUAUGUAUAUAUAGAUGGAGAGCUACUGCUAAACAUUCAUAUCUAUAUAUUUGUACAUACACACAGAUGCAUGCUGUUCCUUUUUUUGCCCCCAUCCACCCAGUUUUCUUUCUUUUUGCCCCCUAAAAAUAGAUAUGUAGACAUAUCAAACAUGAAUACUUGAAUCCUGCAGGCCAAUAAUGAAAUGUGAACACUUUCUCAUUCUGAUUACGUUACACUUCCAAGUCAACAUCUACACAAACAGGCUCUGUUUUUUAAAAAGAAAAAAAAAGACAUUUGGUUUCCAUGUUUGUGCAUUUGCACAGGAGUAUGUGUGUGUAUGUAUGUGCGAAGAGUGCAACUUAACAAAAAGGAGUGUGUUGUGUGUUUUUUUUUCUUUGAAAUCAGUAUAUGCUUUUAUUUGCUUGUUUGUCAAAAAGUUUAAUUAUAAUGAUUAUUGGCUUCAAACUUUGCACUGAGUGUCCACAGUCCCUCCUGUAGCUAAUCCUAGAGACAGACACACACCACACAGGAAGGGGCAUGUGACAAUUCACGUGUAACUGUUUACUCAAGGAAUCUGUUAUCAAAUGUUUAAAAAUAUUAGUGUGUUUCUCUGGAGAAUAACAAUGUAUAUCUACCUUUGGUGGCUUUUUAUUGUGGACUAAUGCAACAAAAUUAUUACCAGAGUAUUGCACCAGUUUUUUUUUUCUUUCAGAAUAUAAAAUAUUUAAAAAAAAAUACAAAAAAAUAUACAAGGAAGACUUAAAAUGUAAGAUGCUCUAGUUGAACUGUGGCCAUAGAUAAUUCUUAAAGAGUGGAUCGUACUCCCUGCAAGCAGGAACUGAUAGCACUUGGAUUUAGCUAUGACUGAUUUUGGAGGUGCCUUGAAUUUCGGCCUCCUCCUGUUUACAAACUUUUUUUUUCAAACUAAGAAAAAAAUGGAAAAAAAAAAGAAGGAAAAAAAAAAAGACAAUUACUCUUCCAUCAUUAAAGACUUAUUUUCAGAAUGAAGAUAUGCUACUUCAGAGCUCUGGGAUUGAACAGUGUUUAUGUCGUUACUUUAAAUUUAUUUUUCUUUUUUUUUUUUUUUUUUUUUUUGGCCAUUGUGUAUUUGUUCUCUUUGUGAAGCAACAAAAACUUUUUUGAUCACUAUCUUGCACACAGUGGAAGAUCUCUCAGGAAAGCCAGGUUUCCAGAGGAGCAACUCCACGCCAUUUCAUGUAUUUUUAAACCCAACUCAUAGCACUGAAGAUACAGAAGAAAGAAGAAAAAUACCUGUUUAAAUCUGUAGCAGUUACAUAUUUACCAAAUAAUGGACUCAAAAGAAAUGUUUGAAGAGUGCUUUAUAUAUAAAAAAUUUGCUUUAUGUUAAAAUGAUCAAUGCUUUUGAUUGUUAAAAAAGACAAUGAACAUACCUUUUAAUGUAUGUUGAAAACUGUAAGAACAUUUCUUAGCCCCUGCCUGCUUAGAUCAGGAAACUUGUGCAUUAUGAAAAAAAUGUUCUUUUUCUGGAAGGUUAGCUUUUUAAAUGGUUUUAUCAAAAAAGCUGGUUAUUGCAAGGUUGAGAAUCAAAAAGCUGGUUUAAAAGAGGAUCAUGAACUAUGCACAAACUGGGUUCAACACUUGUGUUUUUUUCCUUGCGUUUUAAUAGAGUGUAUUUUACAGAAAAUUACAUCUCAUUGCCAUUUCAUAUGUAUGUUGUGUAUGUGUGUGCAUAUAUGCUAUAUACACACACGUAUUCCAAGCCGAAGAUUAGUUUUGAGUCAUAGAAAAAAAAAAAGCGCCUGAUUAUUAAGGUAGGAGAGGUCAGAGUUUCUGUGUAACCUUUUUUUUGCCUUUUUUGAACUUACAGAUGUCUGUAACUGAGAUUAAAAAAAGUUGGUGGCUUUUAAUGUUAUUUCUCCUCCUAGAAUGUGAUUGUUAAAGACAUGCACCGAAAGUUGCUUUCAGAAGUACGAAGCUUCUUUGAAACUUAUUAAUAAAUUGCAGUUUUUCUUGGCUGUUACAAAAUA